AUGAAUUCUCUUAAAAAUGAAAUAAUCAAUUCAAGAGUUGACAGUCGAAAAAAUGGGUCUCAAACUUUAGAAAAAGAUGGACUAGCAAAUAUACCUUCACCAGAUGUAAAUUCAUCAAAUUAUGACCCAAUGGUUGACAUAUUCGAAUUGUUUGAUACACCAGCAGCUUUGAAUGAUAUCAAUCAUAUAUUGAAAUAUUCUUGUGCGUACCAGACAAAAUUAGAGAAGGAAAUUUCCAAGGAAAGAGAGGAGUAUAAAAAAGUUUUGAUGGAGUCUAAUCCAGAAAAAGAUUACAGUAAAUUGGAUUCGGAACUUAUUAAGAUACUUGAUGAUUUUGGGAAAUUAAAAGUAAAUGUUAAAGAAACAGAAAAAAGUAUAAAUGAGAUGACUUCUAGCAUUAAAAAGCUUGACCACUCAAAAAGAAACAUAACGUUUACCAUGACAACCCUUAAACGGUUACAAAUGUUGGUCACUGCAUACGACAAAUUAGAAAGGCAAAUGGAAAGAGAGAAACAGGUGAAGAAUUACAAGGAAAUAAAGCAAUUACUUAGUGCCGUUUUAGAACUAAACAAAUAUUUCCAGGACUUUAAAAGUAUCGAUGAAGUCAACCAACUAAACAACCUCAUAUUGAAGAAAAAGAACCACAUUAUAGAUGAUGUGAUGCACGAUUUUGAGCUCCAAUUCCAUGAAGAACUCAACAAUGAUAAUUUAGUAGAGGCAUGUUAUAUUUUAGAGAUGCUAGGUGAAUCGAAUAGCUUAAAGCUAAAGCAAUGGUACACCGAUGCUUCUUUGAGGGAAAUAAAUCAAAUAUUCACAAGCUCAGAAGAAGCUGGAUCUUUGGAGAAUCUUAGUAGAAGAUACAUUUACUUUCAGAACAUACUGUCUAACUUUGUGUUGAAGAGCUCGAAGAUAUUUCCUGAAUCAUGGCAUAUGGAUUUAUUAUUAGUUGAGAAAUUCUGUGAAUUCACUAAAAAGGAUUUACAGGAAGUGUUGGAAAAGGAAAUGAGGUUGAAAGGUAUUUCUGAUGUGAAUGUUUUGCUUAACGCUUUGUCUAACACUUUAGAUUUUGAGCAGUUUUUGAACAAAAAAUUUAAAUACCAUAAAGAUUUUGAUGAGUCAAUGGCUAAUCCGUCGGCACCGGAUUUCACUAAGUCCAUCUCUAACGUAUUUGAGCCAUACCUUAACAUAUGGAUAGACGAGCAAUCAAAAACGAUUGAGAAGAAAUUGAUGGAGUUUUCCAAUCCCUCUAAUUUAUUCAAGAAAACUGGUGAUAAUGAAGAUUCAACCAAUAAUAAUAUCGAUAGCGGUGAAACUAUCAAUGUCUUGGAAAGUGCAGCCGAACUAUUCAGACUUUAUCGCCAAAUGUUAUCUCAAAUUUCCAAACUGACAUCAGGAAAAUCUCUUAUCAAGUUAACAAGGUUAUUCAAUAGAUAUUUGAAUCAAUACCAGCGCAAAAUAUUGGACUCCAUAUUACCGGAUUCGAAGUCACUAGUUUCUGUGGAUCUGGAAAAUCAGAAAGAAGGUGUUGACAUCAUAUGCCUAGUAUUAAAUACUUCAUCGUAUUGCUCUGCUACGAUAAUACAGUUAGAAGAAAAGAUUAAAAGUUUAAUACAGCCGGCGGAGCUCUCGGAAAAGGUUGAGUUGAAUAGUUCCAAUGAUGGGUUUGUACAGCUGAUAGCAUAUUGUAUAAGUUUGCUAUUUUACAAGGUUGAGAAUGACAUUCAAAUUGCAUGGAAAGAGCUAUCAAAUUUUAACUGGGUAGUUUUAAAUGAAGUUGUCGGAGAAUCAAGAUAUGUGACAACCUUGAAAAGUAUCAUUAAGGAAGACUGUGACUAUAUCUUUCCUAGAUUAAGUAAAAGCUCUUAUAUUAGAAAUUUACUUGACAGAAUGGUAGACAUGCUUCUAAACAAAAUUCUUUCAGUUGUUGUUAAACUUACCCCCGUUAGCGUGAUUAUGGCGGAGCAGAUUAAGCUAGAUCUUCAAGAAUUGAAAACUUUUGUCAACUUCCUUCCAACCAUAACUGAAAACGGCGAAAAAGUUUUAGCUUCUGCAAGUUUUAAGGCUAACGUGAAUAUGAAAUUUAAACAAAUUGAUAAUUUAAUGAAAAUUUUAAUGGUUCCUGACAAACCAGUAGACACCUUUAUUAACAGCUAUUUUACGAUUAUCGGUGAUUCGAGCUUUUCAAAUUUUAUGAAAGUUUUACAACUUAAGGGAGUCAUGGAUAUCCAGGCUACCGAGAAAGAUAAAUUUAAAUAUAUGGACAUGUUUAAACUCCAGCUCGGAUCAUAUGAAGAUUCGAGCCAUGAACUAAAGGAGAGUGAUGAAUUCUUGGAGAAGAUCAAUUUGGCAAAUACCACAUUAACAACGGUUCGUUCACACGGACACAAAAAGAGUAAUUCAAGAUCGAUAUAUUUACCUAGUACGGUUGGUUCGUCAAAUCUCACCUCGAAUAGUAGCAGCAAUUAUACAUUACCAAACCUUCUAACCCCCCCUGAACCCCCUUCUCAUGCUAUUUUAAAUAAUGGAUCGCCUGCUCCUAGUUCCACUUCUACUUCCCCACGGCCAAAUUUUGGAUUUUUCAAUAAUGCAAAAUUGGAUACUAUUUCGAUCGAAAAGAAUUUAAAGGCAUUCACAGAGAAUAAGACUAAUUUUAAUGAGAAGUUUCAAAAGUUUUUCAAAAGAGGGGAAUAA